UAUUGCAUUUGGAAUUCAUUUGCUAUAUCGUGAAUAUGUGAUAUAUCCAUGGUGCGGUGGUGUUGAAUCGCGAGUGGUAAUAAUGUCGAUAAAACCAACAGUGGCAUUAAGAGCUCUGUUUGUGGGAGGAAUUGCGGCAUUUGCUAAAAUCGGAACCGUAAUGAAAGCAGCUGGCGGAGUGAAGAUCGGAGCAGCAGCUGCUGCUAUGACUGCUGCUGCAACUGCCGCCGUUUCGGGAUCGAAACAGGAUCCGAAGAACCCUCCAAAAUAAAAUCUCCAAGCUGCAAACAUUUUGUUCUUAUUUAUUUAUUUUUUUUUCGUUUUUGGAUAUGGUGAAAUGUGCAUUUUUAUUUAAAUAAAAUGGUGUAACAAUUUAUUAGUGAAGAAGUAUGUAGCUGACAAGUCUUUGCCAGUCAUUCAUUAUUAAAUAAUAGGGUAAAUUACAAACA